CUGUUAUUGAUUUUCAUACUAUCGAAAAUCUACCAUCUCAAUUUAGUUUUUCAAGCGGUCUCCUGAUUUUUUUAAUGAUUUUAUAUUAGACUGAGCAAAAAAUGCCCAUUAACUUUAAUAUUGGCCUACUCGGUCAUGUGGACAGCGGAAAGACCACUUUGGCCAAGGCCUUAAGCUCAAUUUCCAGUACAGCCGCCUUCGACAAGAAUCCACAAUCCGUAGAGCGAGGAAUUACCUUGGAUUUGGGAUUCAGUGCCGUUUUGUUAGAGGCUCCUUCCAGUUUGCCACAAGGACAACAGCUCCAGUUUACUUUUGUCGACUGUCCGGGCCAUGCAAGUCUUAUUCGUACUAUUAUAGGAGGUGCUCAGAUCAUCGAUCUAAUGCUUCUCGUGGUGGACGCACAGAAAGGCAUUCAAACCCAGACAGCGGAGUGUCUAAUAAUUGGAGAGCUCCUGCAGAAAAAACUUAUUGUUGUGAUCAACAAAAUAGAUGUUUAUCCAGAGAAUCAGAGAGAUGAAAAGAUAGAAAAGCUUAAAUCGCGCCUUACGAAGACAUUGGAAGCUACUAGUUUCGGUGGUCGAGUGCCAAUGUAUGCUGUUUCUGCUCUCGAAGGAACCCAUAUCACAGAGUUAAGAAAUAGACUGAGAGAUGCCUUUUUUCAGCCUCAAAGAAACGUAACCGAUCCGCUGCUCAUGUACGUUGAUCACUGUUUCCCAAUAAAAGGACAGGGAACCGUCUGCACAGGAACUCUGCUCCAGGGAAAGGUUCAGGUGAACGAUGUUAUAGAGCUUCCAGCUCUGGGAGAGCAAAGGAAAGUCAAAUCCAUGCAGAUGUUCCGCCAGAACGUGAUCACCGCCUCCAUGGGGGAUAGAAUUGGACUUUGUGUCACACAGUUUAAUGCCAAACAGCUGGAACGUGGUGUCAUCGCCCAGCCGGGUUACCUAAAACCCACCUACGCUGUGUGCCUGCAACUCAAACCAAUUCGCUAUUAUAAACAGACCAUAAAAUCACAGAGCAAGCUGCACAUCUCAGUGGGACAUGACACAGUGAUGGCCAAUGUCACCUUGUUUCGGGAUACGAACCACCAAACUCAAGGCUUUCAACUAGACAAGGAGUACGAUUACCUGGAGGAAAUUCUGCCUGCGGAUGUUCAAUGCACUGAUACGAUCUAUGCCCUUUUGCAGUUUGAAACCCCUGUUCUGACACCUCCAAAUUCGACUUUGAUUGCGUCUAAACUGGAUAUGGAUGUUCAUAGUAGCAGCUGUCGUUUGGCCUUUUGGGGACACAUUGCCUGGCAAACUCAGUGUGCAAAUUUCAUCCAAGACGAGCUACCAAAAUUUGGCAUCUUCAAGCGGAAACAGAAAGUGGGAAACAUUCAGCGAGUGGUUAAUGCCAAUGAAGUGAUAGUUCAAAAUCUUUUUAAGAAGGAGGCAAAACGUGAUCAGUACGUAGGCAAGUUAGUGGAGCUUUCGUCCGGAGAAAAGGGUUGCAUAGAUCGUACUUUUGGUCAGACAUCAAAAGUAGCAAUAACUUUUAAGGAAGCUCUUUCGCCCGAAACAAUUGCCAAUAUUAAGCAUGUUCAGGUUUUACUUAACUGUAAGAAGUAUAUAUUUAAUAAACAGGCGGGCCUGUUUCAAUGACAAAAUAAUGAUCAAACAUUUCGUUAAGUUUUUAUUUUAUCGGCACUUA